GUGCCCUGACAGGUCAUGUAAGGACAUUUUGGCACGCAGCCGGAUCGGGGAAAUGAUGAGUUUACAGCCCGCCGCACACGCUGUUUGACACGCAGUUACUCUCUAAGGAUAUCACGGCCAAAACAAGCUCACACCGAGUCCACUGUAGUGCUGUUAAAUUGGGCAUUUUGUAGCCUAAAAUUUCUCCCCAAAAAUUUUAAGAGCACAGAGAGAGUCGCCGAGGAAUGACGUCAGGACGUAUUACAUUGAAUGAUGACGCCGUUUGAUCAUUAAAAAAAUCUGCCGUUAAAAAAAAAUCAGAGAAUUGGGUCAGCAAACAGCACGGUAUGAAUGUAACUCCCGUGCGUUCGUUCGGUGGUUCAACUUUGACAAAGAAGCCCCCGCUUUGGCGUGAAGUAACCUGCUCCGACGGGGAGAGAGGGAGAUGUCCGGUGUUUUCCAGCAUCUGCCAACGACAGCCGUAGCCGUUAGACCGGUCCGUCUGUCUGUCUGCGUCCCUCGGCUGGGUUUGGGAAGACCCGUUUGCCCGGAUAACGUUAACGCUGCUGCGGUCCCGGGCCAGGCUCGGGUCUGAGCGGUUAGCCGGGGGAAAGCAGAGACGCCGACAGAUACCACCAGAGAGGAGCUGAGAGCUGCUCUGCUGAGACCCAGGAAAUCACUCCUCGCCUUGUCUCGACAGCCUGGUAGCAACACAGUGCACAUUUCAGUAGUUCCAAAAUACAGAAUUCAAGGAUUUUAAAGUGGGAGCACGUUUGCUUGCGAUAUGUGAGUCUCGGCAGUUCUGCCACGCAUCUAGUUUUGCCGGAGAAGUAAAAAGUUUGGUUUGACAAUGUCGAGCCGCCGGAAAUCCACCACACCUUGCAUGGUGGUGCCCUCUGAUGUGGUUGAGCAGGAGCAAGAGGAGGUGGAGGAGAAAACAGAGAAAACGAAGGAGGAAGACGCUGGGGAGGAGGAGGAGGGAAAGGUGAAGGAGGGAACGGAGGAGGGGCUGACUGCAGAGGAGCUGGGGCAGGCUGUAGUUGUUGUUCCUGCUCCACCAGAUUCAGAUGAACCUGGUGUAUCUACUGUAGACAACAGAGAGGCUGUCGGUCCGUCACUGAAAAGCAGCACUACAAAUCCUCCUGAGGAUCUGAGCAGCGAUCAGCCCACCCACGAGCAACAGUGUGACACCCCUGAGGAGGGGGGAGCAGACCCCGCUGCAGUUGCUGCCAUCUCUCUCAGCAAGACCCCGAUCAUGAGGAUGAAGACCAAAUCUGAACCCAAGAGAAUCGCUGUGUCCCUGAAAUCGGCAGACGAGGCAGCGGAGGCUUUUGGAGGAGGUGGCGAUGGAGAGUUGGGUGGGGAGCAGGAACCCAUUGAAGCUCCUCCGGGGCCGAUGACGCCUGUGGAGAUGCUCAUGCACGACUCCAUGAAGCUCGGGGGAGGCGGCUUGCUGAUCACCCCUCAGUUUGAACAGCAGAGGAAGUCAUCCAUUUUAAAUCCUACAGUCCUGCCUGCUGGUCUGGCACAGGUGCUCUCUGCCUUCCAGGCCCAGCAAAACACAGCAGCAGUUCAGCCCCAGCUGCUGAUUCCACUUAGCAGCAUCCCCUCCUACAGUGCCGCUAUGGACACCAACCCUCUGCUGGGCACCACAUAUAAGAAGUUCCCUUACCCCUCCAUGGCUGAGAUCAGCAGCCUGGCAGCACAAACACAGUUCACAGAGGAACAGAUCAAGGUGUGGUUCUCAGCUCAGAGGCUGAAGCACGGUGUCAGCUGGACUCCAGAAGAAGUGGAAGAGGCCAGGAGGAAGCAGUUUAAUGGCACGGUGCACACUGUGCCUCAGACUAUCACUGUCAUACCUGCUCACCAGCUGUCGGCUGCUGCUAACGGCCUGCAGUCCAUCCUUCAGACCUGCCAGAUAGUGGGCCAGCCUGGCCUCGUGUUCACACAGGUUGGCCCAGGAGGCAACCUUCCAGUGACCAGUCCCAUCACCCUGACAGUGGCAGGGUUGCCUAGCCAGUCCCAGAGCUCCAGCAGAGUUUCCUGCCAGCCCACCCUGACAAACAGUGAGCUGAAGCGGGCUACCACUAUCCAGCCUCCCUCUCUUUCACCACAGGAGAACUCAGCCCUCAGUGUUGACACAUUCAGCAUGCGACCUAAGAAAUCCAAAGAGCAGCUGGCGGAGCUGAAAGCCAGCUACCUGAAGAACCACUUUGUCACAGAUGCCGAAAUUGCCCGAUUGAUGAAACUUACCAACCUGACGAAAGGGGAGAUCAAAAAGUGGUUCAGUGACACCAGGUACAACCAGCGCAACUCCAAGAACAGCCACGUCAUCGUGUUUCACGACGGAGGUGGUAGAAGCGGGGGCACAUGUAGCAGCGCUGCUAACACCACCAUUGUUAUCGACUCCAGCGACGAGACCCCGACAUCACCCCAUCCUCCACGUACACCUCCUGUGAAGGAGAAGGAGACCCGUCCCAAAACGUGGAACCCGUUUCCAGACUUUACCCUGCAGAAGUUUAAGGAGAAGACGCCGGAGCAGCUUGUGGUGCUGGAGGAGAGUUUUGAGAAGAACACCACACCUUCAGAUGAAGAGCUGAGCCGCCUGAGGACGGAGACUAAACUGACACGGAGGGAAAUUGACGCCUGGUUCACCGAGAGACGAAAAAUGCCAUCCGUCAGCACCUCGUCUCCAGAUUCCUCUGAAGGAGGAAAAAUAGAAACAGAUGGAGCAAAAGCAGGAGAAGGGGGAGGAACAGGAGCAACGGCCUCUUCUUCACCUCCUGCCUCCUCAUCUCGAAAAGGUAGUCAAACUCCUCCUGGGAAUCGCACCAAGCAUUUGCCCAGCAGCAACAAGAAGGACAUUAAGGACAAGAGUAAAAAGACUCCGGAGCAGCUCCAUAUUCUGAAAAGUGCCUUUGUUAGGACCCAGUGGCCCACACCAGAGGAGUACGAUCAGCUGGCAGAGGAAAGCGGCCUUCCUCGCUCCUACAUUGUCAGCUGGUUCGGAGACUCUCGGUAUUCCUGGAAGAACGGAAACCUGAAGUGGUUCUUUCAAUACCAAAGUGGCAACAUCGAAGGACCAAACAGCGGAGGUGGGAGUAAACUGGGAAGCGGCAGUCGGAAAAGACGUGGACGAAAUCGUGGGUGGGGACGAUCCCGAACCAGGAAGCAGCCAAGAAGGUCCACCUCUUUAAGUUCGGAUGUCGACAGGCCAACCCCAUCAAAGAAGUUCAAGACUGGGAAGGAGAUCCUGAAGGAGUACUACUUGAAGCACCACUUCCUGAAUGAGCAAGAUCUGGACGAGCUUGUCACCAAGACCAACAUGAGCUAUGAACAGGUGAGGGAGUGGUUCGCCGAGGUGCAGCGACGCUUGGACGGGGGGUUAGAUCCUUUCCUGGAACCAAGCGCACAGAGGACUGAUGGAGACGAAGGAACACAGGAGGAUGGAGAGGAGACGCAGGGAGAGUCAAUGGCCACCGACGAGCAGACAGGCGCAGGGCAGGGAGAUGAAGAAGAUGAGGAGGAGGACGAGGAGGAGGAUGGUGAUGACACAGACGACAGUGAGGUUUGGGAGCCAUCACGCAGCGUCAAGAAAUCUUUGUCCGUUUCUGAAGACUAGCAAUUGUGGGGAAGUAGGAUGAAGCUUAACUGAAUGUUACAAGAAAUACUGUUUGGAGGAAUCGACGCUGGACGGCAGUUAGCUAGACCAAGUGUUUUUAUCCCCUGAUUUGCAUGUGUAGUUCUCCACAUUCAUUUGCUCUUCAAGCUGUUUCCGAGUCACGUCUAUGUGACACUAAGACACGGACUAUUAGCUUUAGCUCAAUCUCUCACUGUAACUAAGGUGAAAACAAGAAUCCGACCCCACACAGAGGCACAUGAAACUUUGAUAACGCUUAUAAAGCACCACCUACAUAAUGUUUAUAAAGAGGAAUGGCGUGAAAUACAAUCUUCAAGCUGAGCUGAGGAUGACAACUGUCAGUGAGAUAGGUAUCCAAAAAUAUGUUGAAUCCAAACACAUCCAUUAAACCCUUUUUAUUUUAUUUUUUUAAAGGAAGCAAACUGUCUAAACGACAGAUUUUGCUCCUUUCUAAUUUGCACUCCUUGCCUGCUUAAAUGAAGCUACUAAGCUGCCCCCUUUCAGACACUGAUGCUGCUUUUCUUCUGGAAGGAGUGUUUGAUAAGUUGUGAGCAAGGGCCUGAAUUCAAAUAUCAAUUUGUAAUUCUGUGAAUGCCCACCCUCCUCUGAGCAGUUGUACUUAAAAAGGUGCUUGAAAAUGUAUUGCAGCUAGAUGUCACUGCUGAGCAGUGUAUCCAGUGAAACCAGCACAUGACUGUGGGAUUUCAUUUUACCUGUUUUUUAGCACCUGUGAAGAGCAGAUCAAGAGAAUCAGCAGGUUAUUCGAGCUGACAUGAAUUUGAUGAUCUGUGUGAAAUGAUAUGAGAAAAAAGUACCUUAAUGCUGAAUGAAUGCCAAGGCCAGGCAUUAAAUAACACAGGAUGUCUAUUCAAGUCUUCCCUUUAUACUUGCUCAUUGUUUCAUUACUCUUAUAGAUUUUUAACAUAACACCUACAGGUCGGAUGGGAAAGAAUGCGUUUAAUAUGCACUGCUUUCACCUUUUGAUAAAACACCUCCUGUGAUCUGUUCUGACCUUUUUAAAGGGGCUUGUGUAGAUCAUGAGAAUGAGAGCGUUUAUGUGAAGUUGAAUGUGUUGUCUUCUGGGCAGUGAGCUACAAAGGCACCAUUUGUGCACUAAAUAAGGGCCACUGGGAGAUGGACCUCUGGUUCCGUUGAAAUAACAACACAGACGCAAAAACUUUGCUGCAGUGUUUUACUAGUGGUGACCUGUACGUUUCCCUAAAAUCGCGCAAAUAAAAGCAAGUUCUCACCUUAACAAGACUGCAGUUAGCACCACAUCAAUGAUAUGAGGCCUGUGAAUCACGAUGGCUCUGACUCGUACUUUAGAAAAGUAAAAGCAAAAACAGUUAGGCAGUAUUUCAAAUAACAAUCUGACUCCUUUCUGCACUGAAGAGAGAAACCUGAAGCACCUAAAGUAAACUUUAAAAAUCAAUGCACUUUGUCCACUUGUGUUCAUAGUGGACUAAAUACUGAUUAGGCACCUUAAUCUCAUUUAAUUCCAUGAAAUGGAAGACCAAAUCUGUUUUGUAUGACUACAAACUGAACCAGUGUUUUGCCUUUUUUUUUAUUUGUACUAACCUGGAAUGUUACCAGUUUAAUCACUUUUUUAAUAAUAUAUUUGUUUCUUAGUUGGAUGUUUAUAUGGCUGAAAAUAAUAGAACAAUCACCCAACAUGUUGUUUCACUAAAUUGCACAAUUUGAGCCCAAUUUUUCAAGAUUUCUUGGUAUGAAAAUGCAUUUGCAUUAUAUGUCUUGUAAUCCUGUUGUUGCUUUAAAUCAAGGGAACCGUUUCCCGUGUUGUCUCCCUCUUGUUUCUACACGCCCCUGCCCGCUGCUUUACCCCUCUCCUCCUGUGUUGUUUGUCAAAUAAGUGACUAUUACAUGACGUGCACUUCCCAAGGUGUAAACAUUAGCGGCGUCGUAUUAGCUCUCUGUCUCGGUAAAUUGUCUGCAGCUUAAGCAGGCACAGAGGCAAAGGGACUGAAAACUGAAAAACGCUUUGGAAAACUAAAAGACGUUCUUGGAUAAAGUUGCUUUCUCUCAUCGGAGGAAUCGUUGUGAUGAAGACGCGGCACAGCUUUCCCUCUGCGGCGAGAAGACUACCAAAUAAAGCUCCACUCUCUGUUUUCUUGACUCUUUCAAACUCUUUGCGAACUGUCCCGACUGCUGUUCUUCACUGACAGGAGAGAGAAACCGAUGAAGCUUUGCAGGUUAACCUUUGUGCCUACGUGGCUCGUCGCUUGUUUUGAACAGAAUUUCACCAACUCUCAACUUUGGAAAUCAGUAAACUUAAGGAAGGAUUGUUCAAACUAAUGAUGAUGCAUGAGCGAGCUCUGCUUUCUGCUGACGCUGUUAGAUGCCUAGCUACACUGAAGCUAACAUUGGUAACUUCAGUUCUAAGUCCUUAAACAGACACCUUGAAGUUCUGAAUUUUGAUAGUGUUUAGAACGUAUCCCCGGGCACUUGUCGCACUAGAAGUCACUGCGGUUAGAUUUCCAACAUCUUUAGCUUUAAUCCAGCUGAAACCUUUUAUCUGUUUGGUCAUCAUGUGACGAGUGCCUGGUCAUGAAAAUAACAGAGUCACCGUUUUAAAGAAUACUUUUGUCUAAUACUGCAUGCAAUAACCAAGACAAACAACAUUUGUACAUAUUUGGGGUUGGUAUACUUGGCACAGUAGAAGCCUCAUCCUGGUUAAACUGAAAAUGUAGCUUAAAAAUGCGAUUCGAGGACCUGUUUUCUUUUGAAAAUGUUGCUCAAAUCACUGGAAUAUUUGCUAAGUUUGAGCUACUUUUAGUUUAGAGGGGCUUAUUUUAAUGACUUAUUUCUAUUUUGCACAACAUUUUAAAAAAAAUAAAAAAACACCCCAAGUGCAGCCGUUUUGUGCUCUUUUCUAAGCAUCUAUGAUCUCAUAUGCUAAUGUCUAUACAUGGUACAAAAUGGCAGUCAGUACUCAAUUUAGUCUACAGGUUAGGCUUCAUGCUGCCCCCAGGUAUCCAGCCCACAGUCUUUUACAGUGUGCUGUUUCAUUAUUAUAGUCGAUCUGUUUUGAAUGGUUUUUAUAUGUUUCUAUCUAUGAAAACUGUCAUUGCAACUCUAUCCAGUCAACAGUGGACUUCCUGUUAGCAAGACAGGCUCAAUAUGUACAAUAGAUUAGUGUUUUUAAUUAGAAUCAGUUUUAGAGUUCACUGUGCACAAGUGGCUUUUUGGUACUUUGCAAAAAUGUAGAAUCAUAACUCAAGAGAAAAGACAUGCAGUCAGCUGGAUUAAUGUUUGAAUGAAUUGUGCUUGCUAAUAGUGUGUUCAUAUUUGAGGUGCUAAUUAGAACACAACUAAUGAGCCAGUAUUGUUUUCUUUUAGACAUAGAAAAUCGCACCUAAACAUUCUCUGAACAUACAUAGUUAUAAGUCCUUAUUAUGAUAAAAUGACAGUGCAGAUUAUAAACAUGGGAAGUUGAGAGUGCCCUCUGGUGGACAAACUGUGCAACGUCAGGACUCAUAACAUGAUUGGUUCUCCUGCCUUUUCUUUGCAUUUUAGUUUUUAUUGACUAAAUAUAAAUGCUGAUACCAGUAGGUCAGCAAAUCAUUAACAUUGACCAGUAUUGAUCGCUCAGGCUCAAAUGUUAAUUCUAAAUUACUUUAUAAACAUGCAGUCAGAACCAUAAAUAUCUGGACACUGGCACGUUUUUCUUUUGUGUUAGUGCCUAUGUACAGCACCACAGUUCAAGUUGAUUUUAAAUCAAGCAAUCUAGAUGUGAUGUAAGUGCAGACUUUCAGCUUUAAGUUAAGGCAUUUAAAGAAAGGAUUGUAUUAAUGGUUGUACAGUUUUACAGCAUUUGAGUGUAUCUGAGAGGAGAGUACAACCCUGUAGACUUUAAAAUUCAUUCUACUAAUUCUGUCAGCAGUCACAUCAUCAAUAAAUAUUAGUGAUGUGGUCCCAUUAGCAGCUGUUCAAAGAUGUUUUCUGGUAAAGUCUAAUCUGGUCUUACAGUUCUUGAAGCUAUAAAUACACAGAUGUGUAGCUUAUGUCGAGGCUGCCGUGUCUUUUCACUGAGUUAUGACUUUAUAUCCAGCAUUCAUCACGUAUCCCAGUUAACCUUGUGCUGUAGAGCUAAAAGCUAACGUUGUGAUCUGAGUAGUUUACCUGCGGUCCUAUUACGCUCAUAUGUCAUAUCUGUACCUGCUGUACUUCUGCUAUAGUCCUCACUUGUUUUCUGUAUUUAAAGGUAGUUAGCUGAAUGUUUCUUACAGCAAUCCAGAUGUUUUCACUCUACAGCUGCCAGCUUUUUGGUUUUAGAAAAUACACGUUGUCAGAUUUGAAAAUAACUGUGGACAUGAAUUGAUUUUUUUCUAAUCUCACUGUAAAGUUUUUACCUUCUGUAUUCUGAUCAGAUUUUUCCUUCAUGUCGGUGCGGUUUGCUUUGGAUCCCAAAUGUUUUCUUUUCUGCAUCAGUACUCUGUGUACCUUCAGAUCUGUUUUUGCUGAUUCAUGACAGUGUCUGGAUGUAAUUAGUUACAGUUGUUUCUCCACAGACACAGAUAAUGCAGGACGAACACAUGUACGCUCCACUUUAACCAGUGGUUUGAAGCCAUUUCAAUAUAUCGCUCCUAAAUUUAACUGCGGUACCGACUCCUAUAGCUGUAAAUAAUCUCCUGAUAGGCUUUGACUGGAGAAGAUUCUCUGAAUGAAACUGACCUACUGAGGCUUUUACAAAGUUGAAAUCAGUGUUACUCUGCGUCUGUGGAACCAACAUUUCCACUAACUUAAAGUUUCUGUGAUGACCUUUGAUUAAUCCUGGUGUGUGUGAUUGUUUCUCCAGUGUUGCUGUAGAAGGCUGAAAAUACUCUCUGUGGUCCCUGCACUCCUCAGCUUGUAGCUAGCAGCUGUGAGACAUGAAAUGUGUGCAAUGUUAAUUUAAAAUCCCAGCUGUUAUUGAGGCUCUGGCUUGAUAGGUUGAUUUAGAAAAGAUUUAUAUUUUAUACUUGUUUGAGGACAAAACCCAAUAAAUUUGGAUCAAAGGAUGUGAA